AUGGAUAACAUCGCGGCGAGCGCUCUGGUCGAAAUCUUGGGGUUGGAAGUCUUCACUCGCGCCGAGGCUAGACCUCGCCAAAAACAAUUUGAGGGCGAGCAUCGUCCGCCCGCCGCCCGACCCGCAAGGGCAGAGGGCAGAAGGAUGUCGCUGUUGCUUGCCAGCCACUCAUUUGACUUGAGGUUGUCGCUGCUCUUCCUCGAGUCGUAUCUUCUCGGCAGAUUUGACAACGUAGCAUUCCCAUAA